AUGUCGAACAACCUGGCAUCGUAUUUUGGCAACGAGAGGGACAGCCCAAAUGGUGUGAGCGGCACGAGUGGUGUAGUGGCAGAAGAUGAUGAUAUGGGGCCGUCAGUAUCCAUGGCCGUGGAGGCCGAGAAUGACGAGGAUUUCAGGCGGUCGACCUUCAAUCUCAAGCGCACACGGUCUAUGGGGCUAUUAGACGGCCACUCCGAUUCGCAAACAACAGAUGGAACUCCCAUGAGUGGCUCCGCAAGUCCUGAGCACGAUUCAAACAGUCCUCCUAUGGGUCCUUCGGAGUCCACUUCGCCGCCCGUACCCGAGGCUGGUAAUUACCUGAUUCCACACGAUGAUAAUGACAUCAUGCAUGAGCCCAAGCGCCACGUCGACUAUUUGUCGCACCAGUGGAACGAGUCCGAAAUCUCACAAUCUUGGAAAUAUAUCAUACUAAAGAAAAAGAGGCAGAACGAAGAUCUCGUAAAUGCGGCGCGGCUUGAAAACGCCUCUUGGCGUACGUGGGCCAAAGCGCGCAAUCACCUGCGUACUGUAAGUCCUGAAGCUGUCAAUUGGUCAAAAGAUUCUGAUGUCACGUGGCUAUAUGGUCCCGUCGUGCGGCAGAAGUCUAAUGAUCAAGCACAGGGCGCCGAUGAGGAGUGCGGAUACGGCUCAGACGACGAGACUUCAAAGAGAUUGACAACCUUCAAGCCUAAGAAUCGGACUUCCAAGGGUCCAAAACCAAUUUUGAAGAAAAGAACAGUUUCUGAGAUAAUAGAGGAAAACUCACUGUGGAGGCUCAAUGUGGCGAGACAGCACAAGAAAAAUCUAUCCAGCACGCAGGCCAUGAUGGACGGAUACGGUAAUCAUUUGGAUGCAGCGGACGAUUAUGAUGUCUUAGCAGCGAAAGUGAAUGCUCAAUAUUAUUCUUCACGGCCACCAUCCCAGCCGUCACCACAAUUUCCCAACACACACGAGGGCCACGGGGACGAUGAACGUCACGAUAAUCAAUUACUGCAAAACCAACAACAAGAUACAAAGUCACAACAUGAUGAUUGUUUGUCUGCGGCUGCUGAAGAAGAUAUUGUCAACUCCGAGCAGGCAUCACCAAACAAGUCGCCCACUCCUGCUUUGGAGUCUAUUUUGACUUCUCCAAGCAGGAAAGCUCCCAAAGCUGUGUGCGAGCAAAAGGAUAGACAUAUCCAUUUCAAUGACCGGGUAGAACAAUGCAUGGCUCUUUCAUUCCACUCUGAUGAUGAUGACGACGACAAUGAGUCUGAUGAUGAUUCCAUGGACGAAAGUGGAAUUGAAGGCUCUGCUCAUCACGAAUACCCUAAAGUUAGAAAAGAACAAUCGCGUAGCGGGCAUAAAGAUUUGCGCCAAACAUCAGAUUCGGAUCAAGAUCUCAAUAGCUCAUCUUCAGACGAAGAAGAAGCCGGACUUUUCAUAAAUGCCAGGUUAUCAAGGAAGUCUGAUGGAAUACAUACCCCAACAGACUACGCAUCAUUAAGUUCCGAAGCUGGAAGCUCCAAAAGUUCAAUAACCGCUCCCAUUAUAAAAUUUCUUCCCGCUACUACCUUAAAUUAUGGCUCGGAUGAAGAAGAUUAUGACGACGAUGAUGAUUAUUACGGAAACAAUGCAGUGUCUCAUAAUGUGAACACCUUUAGAGGGUACGAUUACAUGUAUGACUAUAAUUCGGUUUACACUGGUGAUACCUCAAGUUUCAUGGCUGUGAACAAUUAUGAUAUGGUCGAUGUUCCAGAAGGCUUACAAACUCCAAUUGAAGAACAUGAAGGUCAGCCGAUGCUAUCAGACCAAAACUCUAGUGAAUCACAACUGCCGAGCGGGCCUACUGGGAAGAAGGGAUUUUCUUUGGACAGUGACACAGACUCGUAUGGCUCUAAUGGUGAAUCUCAAUUUAUUGAAGAUUCUCAAGUCAAAGGUAGUGACGAUGAUGAUGAAGAUCUGGAAGGCCUACCAGGCUUGAAAAGAACUUCUUCAUUGGGUUUGUCUAACACAACAUCGCUACAAAACUUGAAUUCUUCAGCACCGGCCAUACCCCAAACUCAUAGUUUCAUAUCUGGGAAACCACUGCGACCAGCGAACCAGCCAUGGGACGUUAGUGGUGAUAUCUCGACCGCUAGCAAGAAUUUACCUGUCAGAAGUACCAAAAAAUUCUCUUUUGAUUCAGGUUCAGAAUCUGACUCAAAUUCUGAUUCUGACCAAGGCACGAAAAUUGGAAACGAAAUCAAAUCAACUUACAAAAGUGGCAAUUCAAAUGAAAACGAAAAUGUUGUCGAAUUACGUAGCAAAGCUUCAGAUUCUCCAAGGGCGGAAUCAAGUAGCAAUAAGCAUGUCUACAAAGACCCCACCCGCGGAACGGCUGUUUCUCCAAUGCCUAAGAGUCAAGAACAAAAAAUACCUACUGGGUCACUUGUUAGUAUGGUAAGCUCAUCCGGUGACUCUCGUACGUCGUUGUCGGACGUGGCAAUUUCGGGCUACAUUUCGCCGCGCAAUGAAUCAAUGCAAUCUGUGGUCGCUAAAGAGAAAAUGGUUGACAAUGACAAAUCCAAAUUUACGGACGUGGACCGUAUGAACAAGAAUCUUGAAGACUGGCACUUGGAAUCUCACGAUGACAGCACGGACGACGCCCAUCCUGAAAACGUGCAGAAGAUGAUGAAUUCUGCUCGAGAUAUCGCAAACAAAUAUCUGCAUUCAUGGAAGAAAUGA